AUGAAUGGUAAAUGCGCGCUUGUGUUGCCGGCUCCUUCGCCUGACACCAGCUGCAGUACCAUAAAUUUUAACCCUGGAAACGACGUUACAAACACACCACUGGCUACCGAGCUACUUUCGUCUCGAAAGCAGUCGCCGAGGCGGGUCAACGGACUUCCUUCUGAAUCAGGCCCUGACUACAACUCUGACUGCAGGUCAGAGUCUCUGAAUGCCUCGACUCCAAUAUCUGCUAAUAUGAGUUUCCAUACCAACAGGGGACAAACAAAGAAAAAUGGACAGCCACACUCCGGGCUUUCGUCAGCUUGGCAGCCAAAAUUGCCUAAGAAGCCUGUCCGGUGA